CACAUAUUUUUAGGCGCUGGAAGGCAUCGGCCACCGCCACCAACAUUGGUAAUCCAAUCUCCAAUCCAAGAUCGGUUCAUUGGUUGGCUGUUGGCUGCACUGCGAGUGCUAAUGCCCGCUAGGUCACGAGUGCGCUAGCGAAUCGUGUGUUCAAAUUGCUGUGAAUUUAAACAGAGAUUAGUAAAUUUGUGUCAUUGAAUUGCGUACAGUAUAAACACGGAGAAAUGAUAGCGGCGGUGAAUGACUUUUUAGAUGACCUGCGUGGCGGCAGAAUGAGCGAGGCACCUAUAGUGAGGGUGGCGCAGGGUGCGCUGCAGGGCCGUAUUGCCAACGCGCCCUCCGGCAAGGCCUACUACAGUUUCCAGGGCAUCCCCUACGCGAAACCACCCCUAGGCUCGCUCAGGUUUAAAGCUCCGCAGCCCCCGGAGCCCUGGGAGGAUGUGCGCGACGCCACCGUGGAGGGGAACGUCAGCGCGCAGGUGGAUCAAAUGGCGGGCCGGCAGUACGUCGGCGACGAGAACUGCCUCUUCCUGAAUGUGUACACGCCGCGCCUCGAGGGACCUCCCCUGCCCGUCAUGGUGUUCAUACACGGCGGCGGCUUCUCCUUCGGCUCCGGAAACACCUCCCUGUACGGCCCCGACUACCUCGUGGAGAAGGACGUCGUCGUCGUCACCGUCAACUACAGGCUGGGACCGCUCGGCUUCCUCUGCCUGCACACGCCGGAGGUGCCCGGCAACGCCGGCCUCAAGGACAUGGCGCAGGCGCUGCGCUGGAUCCGGGAUAACGUGCAAGGCUUCGGCGGCGACCCCGCCAACCUGACCGUGUUCGGCGAGAGCGCGGGCGGCGUCGCUACUUCGCUGCUCACCGCCAGCCCCCUCACCAGGAACCUGGUCAGCAAGGCCGUCAUCCAGUCGGGCACGGCGCUCCACAGCUGGGCCUUCCAGAGCGACCCGCUGUACAACGCGCGGCAACUAGCGCGCUCGCUCGGCUGCGACGCGGAGGACAUCGACGGCAUCCUCGAGUUCCUCUCCACGACGCCCGUGAAGGACAUCGUGGAGGCAGCCUCGCAGACCACCGAGGAGGACUUCAUCCAAAAGGGUGCGAUCACAUUCGCGCCGGUGGUGGAGCGCGAGUUCCCGGGCGUGGAGGCGGCGCUCUCGGAGUCCUUUAUCGACCUGCUGACGUCGGGUCGCGUGGCGCAGGUGCCCGUCAUGAUCGGCAGCACCGCCCUCGAGUUCACCGAACAGCGGCGCGCGGAGGACCUGCAGGCGUUCCUGCCGACCGCGCUGGGGCUGACGCGCGGCGGGCCCGAGGCGCUCGCGGCUGAACAGCGCCUUCACCAGCUCUACCUUAGCGGGGAGGAGCGCCUCGGCCGCGCCCAGCUGCUCUCCGACCUCCUCAUCAACGUGGACACGCACAGAUACGUGCAGUACCUAGUCAAGGCCACCAACAGACCUAUAUACUACUACAGAUUCGAAUACGUCGGCGAACUCAAUAUUUCCAAGAAAUUGUUCCCGAAGCUGGAGGAAGAGCUGAAGGGCGCGCUGCACGCGGACGAGCUCGGCUACCUGUUCAAUAUGGAGCUGCUGCGGGACGUGGAGCCCACGCCGCAGGAUGUCAAGAUGCGAGAGAGGAUGGUCAGGCUCUGGACGAACUUCGCAAAAGUCGGCAACCCCACUCCGGACGAGAGCCACUACCUGACGGUGCGGUGGCAGCCGGUGUCGGAAGGUACGGGCGAGGAGCUGCCCUGCAUGCGGCUGGCCUCCGAGCUGGCGCUUCUCCCCGAACCCGACGGCGACAGGAUGGCCUUCUGGGACGACCUCUACAGCAAGCACUUCAAGAUCUGGAACCUGUCCGACCAGACGACCACCACCCUGCCCUCCACCAUAGAGAUCGUCAGCUACGUUCAGCACCAGCACUCCGGCUCUCUCGUCGUAGAAGAGACCAUCGAAACUCUCGUGCAGACCAUGCACGAGACGCAGCAACAAGUACAGACCGACCCCGAGCCAGAAGUCGUCCCCGAACCUUCCGUACCGGAGCUUCCUUCUGAGCCCGCAUCCCAACCCGAGCCUGAACCUGUCGCGGCGCCGACCGUCGUGGACGCGCCACACGCACCUGAGCCCGCACCGCUCAACGGUGUAAAGGAGAGCCAAGUGAACGGCACCCACGACAGGAAGCCCAGGACCUCCAACGAAAUCAAAAUGGUGCAGAACAGCAACGGCCACCCCAAGGACGUCAUCCGCGCCAACGACCCCCCGGAGGACGACCUGCCCAAGAACAUAGGCGUCAACAAAUUCGUCAACUUCUUCGAGUCGCUCGGCGGCAAGAAGUGAACGCGAGACGUACAAUUUAGUCUUAACAGUAUUUAUAUAAAACAUUCCUUUUAAAUAUUAAGUGGUAUUGUUGUACAUUUCGGCAAAAAAAAAGGUUUUCGUUGUAAAUGAACGGUUCUAGUUGCCAACAUAACAAACCUGAGAUAAAAAUUUGUAAAAAAUUUAAUCAGACUUCGUGACUAAAUUAUUUAAUUAAAUUGUAAAAACUAUAAAAAAGAUAUAGUGAUGUUUAGUGCCUUAUUAUUUUAUUGCAAUUAUUAUUAUUUUAUGCUAUAUUAUGAAUAGACAUUUGAUUAUUUUACUGAUGACGGAAAAAUGUUUAGCUAUCAAAUAUUUAAAUACAUAGAUAUUUCUUAUAUAAAAUAAUAAAACAGUUUGUUUUUUGCUUUAUGUAUGUAUUUAAAUGUUUGAGAGCGUGUUGUAUAGAGUGCGGCGCGUGUACACAGUCACUGGCAGCAGCCGCGCGGACACAACCUGCCUAGUUGUUAUUACUGCUAACUUGUAACUGCUUAGUCAAUGAUGAGAAUAUGUGUAUUUUUAUAUAAUUAUAAUGAACCACAAAUAAAUCAUGUAAAAUAUU